GGUCCAGUUUGUAUUAGUUGGACGAGCAGAGAGAGGAGCAGGAAGAACAGAGGAGGAGGAGGAGGAGGGAAGGACGCUUUCUUUCACCAAAAAAAACGUUGUUCUCACUGUGGAUACUGCCUGCUGGCUCUGUUAUGCCCAGAUGCGCAAUGAUGUGCGCGAAGUCGUGACGCGCGUUAUUGUCUGCAGCCUGCAUCUUACCAGGCUGCAUUCACAAGGAUGCAUCAGAUGAGAAGUGCGCAGGGAUGCCUCUGGCUGAAACAUGGACAAACAGGGCGUCUGUUCCAGUGAUGAAGAAGGAUCCUUCCUUUUUGUUUUCAACCACCCACGGAAUCACUGCAACUUAAGCGCACAACCUCUCAUCCAUCCCUAUGAUUGCGCACUGCAGUGAAAACGAGGAUAUCGCGUUGUGGAUUUGGAAUCUGCUGGUGAGUAUAUUACCUAAUAAGCUGCUAUUCAGCUGGGCAUCAAGUCCCAGUAUAGCUUGUAUACAUCCUGCAGAGCAGUCGAUGUAAGGAGCGUUGUCCAGUGGUGAGAGCCACUCUCCAGAGGGCACAGAUGAGAGGCAAACAAUACCAUCAACCACUGAAGUUGACAGCGCCUUGGGAGAAGGAUGCUGGCUUUGGGAGGAAGCUUAAAACCUACAGGAAUCAUACCAAGAUAAUAGCUCAGCCUGGGAUCGUGAUGAAAGUCCUCCGCAGGAAGAGGAUUGUGUUAUUCAUGGCCUACUUCUUACUGCUGGUCCUCACUAUGCUCAACUUGGCCAAUUACAAAUGGACUAAGGAGCCUCAGCAGUGCAACCAUCAGAUGAGGAGCACCACUUAUCAGAGCAGGUCUGAUAUUCGCUUCCUCUACAGGCCCUCUCUGGCCAAAAAGAGACAGCUUGUGUAUGUUCUGACCACCUGGAGGUCGGGCUCCUCCUUUUUCGGGGAGCUCUUUAACCAAAACCCUGAAGUGUUCUUCUUGUACGAGCCGAUGUGGCACAUCUGGCAGAAACUGUACCCGGGCGAUGCGGUGUCUUUGCAAGGGGCAGCCAGGGACAUGCUUAGCUCCUUGUACCGCUGCGACCUGUCCGUUUUCCAACUUUACAACAGCCCCGGGGGCAAGAAUUUCACCUCCCUGGGACUAUUUGGGGCCACCCUCAACAAAGUGGUGUGCUCCUACCCCCUCUGCUCAGCCUACAGGAAGGAGGUGGUGGGGAUGGUGGAUGAUAAGGUGUGUAAAAAGUGCCCCCCUCAAAGCCUUAGACUGUUGGAGGAGGAGUGCCUCAAAUAUAGCACCAUAGUCAUUAAAGGGGUACGCAUUUUGGACGUUAACGUGCUGGCCCCGCUCAUGGAGGAUCCGUCUUUGGAUUUGAAGGUGAUACACCUGGUCAGAGACCCACGGGCGGUGGCAAACUCCAGGAUCAAGUCCAGGCACGGUUUGAUAAGGGAGAAUUUACAGGUGGUCCGCAGCAGGGAUCCGAAACUUCGCCGGAUACCUUUUGUGGAUCCUGGCCACAAGGCCAACAAGAAGGACGGCGCGGACUACCACUCCAUAGGAGCCAUGGAGGUGAUCUGCGACCGCACCUCCAGGACGUUGAGGACUGCCUUAAACCCGCCCAGCUGGCUGAAGGGGAAGUACAUGGCCGUGCGGUACGAGGACCUGGUCGAGAACCCGGUCAAGACCUUGCGGAACAUCUACCGCUUCACCAACCUCACCAGCAACCACGACAUUGAGUCGUUUGCGCUGAACAUGACCAGCGGCUCCAGCUCCUCCUCUAAGCCAUUCAUAGUCUCGUCCAGGAAUGCCACACAAGCUGCUAGUGCAUGGAGAACAGUGCUCAGCAUUCAACAGAUCAAACAAGUGGAGGACUACUGUCACCACGCCAUGUCUGUUCUGGGGUACGAGAGAGUCAGAACAGCCGGGGAGGCCAAGGACUUGAGCAAAUCACUACUGACACACUCCAAACUGUGAAAAAAAACGUACUUGUCACCAAAGACCUUUUAAUUUAAUGUUCAUUUUUGCAUCGAGUGCCGUUUCCUCUUAUUGUGGAAUUAAAGCUUUACUUUAAAUCAGUGUUGGAGGAGCUCCGCUGGCCACAUUUGGAAUGUAUCACAUUUCUCUCGGUUGAAUUGCAGUGGUGCAUUUGAAGGGACCACUUCUUUUAUACUGGAAUAUUGGAUGUGUUUGACAAUGCAGAGGCCUAUGAACGAUGACACAAUUAGUGAAGCUGCAACAAUGAAAAAAACAACAACAACUGUAUAAUUCAUGUAUCUUGUUAUGAUGACACUUCAAAGUGGAUAUUUUGGGGUUAUUUUUGAAUGUUCAAAUCCUUACAAAAAAUCUGUUUUUUCAGUCUCCAUACUGUCUGUAAAAGUGAAAAUAGUUGAUGACAGAAAAAAACAAACAACUGAUUAAAAAAAAAAGAACAUAAUGUUCAUUUGUAAGAUCUGGUUGAAGUCAGAGACAAUCAAUAAAUUGGUUUGUUGAUGUGCCAUAGGUAGAGGUGUGAUGACUAGGUGACAUCUGAACAGCAGUAGUGCUUUUUCUAGAUUUAAAAAAACCAAGAGGAUGUUUUGAUCUUUGUCACCAAAUCCUCGUAGGAUGAUAUCAUGCACUGUGGACAAUGUCAUGGCUCUGGAGCUGGAGAGUCUCUCUCAGUGUCGGUGUAAGCAGUCUGUUCUACCAUUUUCAAAUGUUUACAAUUGCUUGCUCUUAUAAAAAACACAUGAUCUGGGAAUAUUGCAUUGAGUAAAGUUCACAGUUAACAAGACA